GUGUUUUACUAAAUUAAUCUUGUCGUGUCUCUUGUGUUGCGUUACAAGCUCUACAAUGAAACUUUUGUCUGUUGUGCUCGCAUAUUUGAGACCCUCCGCAUAACUUACAAAACCAUCUCUGUCUGCCGUGGAUACAUAUCCCUUUUCCACCACAAUCUUUACAGAGAUAUCUCACUCGUUUAUGCUCACAGAAGCUACUACCGUUACAUGCUUUGCAAUAUGAUUUACGGCAGUUAUGAGGGCAUAUUUGAGACCCAUGACACUCUUUGCAAAAAUAUUUUAUUCUGCUAUGAGGACAUUUCUUAGGAUCGAAUAUCGAUUCAUCAUGAAUACUCGAUGAUGUGUUAAGGACAAUAUCGCGUGGGGGUGUUGGUGGCGGUGGCGUAUUAUCCAACGCUUCGAUGAGUUCGGUUGGUGGUGGUGUAUGCGCUUCGAGUUUACCCAAAGCCUCAAUGAGUUCGGCUUUACGUAAUUUAUAGUAUCCUUUGAUACCUCGCUCUUUGGCGAGAGCUUUCAAAACUUUCACGGUUUGUUUCUCCAUUUUUAUUAAAUAGUUAUAUCUUUAAACCAGUUUUCAAUUUUAGAUGUGAGUCAUAUGUGGUUAAUAAUGAUGUUGCUGUGGCUCGCUCGCUGGCGCUCGGCCGCCGCGAGUCAUUGUUUAAGGGGAGGGGUGGGUGUUAUACCAAUAACGUAAAAUUACCGUCAAUCCCGUAAUUUAAGCAGUCUGCGCUCGUUGCCGCCUUCUGCAACUACUACUUGGGAGUUUGUUUUUGUUUUUCAAGUUAUAGCCCGAUAUUGGAGAGCGAUUUCAAAGUUAGAAUUCGAUAAUAGACUUUAAUUUGAAAGUUGGAGUUUGAUUGUUAUCAAACAAUUGCAAUUUGAUUGUUGUCACAAAGUCGCAAAGUGAAAUUGAAAACUAAACUUCACGCGUGACCGGCCUGGGCUUCCGUACAAAGGUCAUUGGCCAAAAAAAGAUUAGAGACAAUUUUAUUAUCGGAAUUGAGCAACGUGUCCAUGUUUUAUUUCUAUUUCAAAUAUUUUCUCCACAAAUGUAUUUCUGCAUUAUUCGCACUCGCGUCUCAGUGACUGGAAUUUGUCUAGAAAACAAACUUAUAUGUACGGUGACCCAUAAGGGACAGCCAGUUUUAGCACCGCCAAUUUUAGAAUGGGCGAUGAAAAAUGAGCAGCAAAUUUCAAUUAGGUGCGUAUCACGCAUGCGCGAGUUGCACGUGGAACAAGAUGGCGUAAGCGAGCCCCGUGGCGAUAAAGAGAAGGUUGUUGGGUUUCUGGAAAGCAUAGGACUUACCACUGUCAUAAUUGAGAAAUUCCAAAAGGAAGGCAUGGAUUGGCUUGCCGUCAUUCACUCUCCAGAAGACCUGUUGAUGGAAUUAGGUGUUGUCAAAAGAGGUGACAUAUAUGCCUUAAAGGCAAUGUGUGAAAAAGAAAUGAAAAAUAACGAAUGGGAAUCCAGGAAGAAAGCGCUUCUCAAUGAAUGCAAGGCAUCAAGCUCAAAGAGGGUUGAAAAGACAAGUAGUAGGAAGCCUAAGAACACAAGAAAAAUCUCUCUUGGAUGGAAACACUUUGAUCGGAAAAAGGGAAAGUACAUUACUGUUGUCCGCUCUAAAGGGGAUUUUUAUGAGAAACAUAGACGUCCCAGACACAGCAAACAAACUGUAUCUUAUAAGAGAUGGGAAAAAGAUAUUUUUCCCUAAUAGACAGUCUUACCAUGGGAAUGUCAAUUAUAAUGAUUUCCUGCUGAUAAACUUCAAGAAGGAGGUAGUUCCUGAUGAUUUUACUGUGCAAUCCUACAACAAAGAACACAAACUGUCAAAAAUGCCAUACAGCAAUGACAAUCUCUCCCUCACAUAGAAUUGAUUCAUUUAAUGGCUGCAUCAUACACAUGAGGUCCACAUGUGAACCAAAAAAAUGUUCAAGAAAUAUUUAAAAAUUUU